AGGGUGUCCCCGUGUGUCGGUGUAGGAGGCUUUUGAUUUGUGCCUCCCAGAUGUGGUCAGACCCUGCACUGUGUGUGCUAUUAUUCUGUGUGUCAGUGUGUGGUGUGUGUCUCUCUGGGUGCUGUAUGUGUAAAGCUGGGGGUCAUUCAGUGAGGUGACCGUUUGUAUUAUGUGGAGGUGCCUGUCCUUGUUGAGGGCCUCUCCUUUCCCUGCCAGUAUCGGCCUGGGUGCCCACACUCAGAGUGUGUUGUGUUUGUGAGGCUGUGUAUUGCAUUGUGCCGCAGGGCAUCCUCUGGUGUUCUGUGCGGGGUUGUUGCAGGCCUAUCAGCUGUGUCCGUGGGUCCCAUCUGCUGAGUCAUGGGACACGUGGUGUUUGUCAAAGGUGGUGUGGGGCAGUGUGGUGUGGAGGUGUUUAGUGUCGCUGUGUCUUUGCGCAUUUCCCUGUGUGUGCUGCAUUUGUGUGGUCGUGCGUGGUGCAGUAUAUGGAGGGCAGGGCCAUGUGUGGCUGCCGUACACGGUGCCUGGAUGUGGCCUGUCCGUCAGAGGCGGUGGUGCAUGUGUUCCUCUGUACACAUUGCAUUUGGGCCCUGGGGUGCGUGGAGCCUGUGCCCCCUUCCCAGGGGCACGAUUCUGGGCUGUGUCCUCUGUGAUGUCUUCCUUUGGGCCCGUGCUGUUAGGGAUUCUGUGUGUCGCUGUACAGUGUAGGUCUCUGCCUGCGUCCAUUCACACUGCUCUCCGAUUACACACUAGAAUGGCACAUGUACGGGGGCACACUGUGUGCGCUGUGAACAUCCGUGUGAGUCGCCAUGUGCAGGACGUGUGUCCGUGUGCAGUUUUCCAUGUGCUGGGUGAUGGGGACUGCCAUGGGGUGUCCCUAAGUGCUGUGUGUCUGCACGUGUUGGAUAUCAUUCCCCAGGUAUGUCACGCGUGGGACUCUGAGAGUGCACUGUUAACACCGAUAUGUGUGUGUGGCGUUUGGGCACCGCUAUGUCAACACAAUCUGUGUGUUUGCGGAACACUUGCUAUAUGUUGUGCUUGUGUAGCUUAUGUGUGUGCAUCCAGUAUGCGGUGUCUGGGUGUGGCUGGGAGUGUCAGGCAAUGUCGUGCCCAUUUUGAUCUCAAUGUCUGUGCCGGUGUGUAGACAAUAUUUGGGUGGCUGUGUGUGCCAUGGGGCGCUGUCUGCCUCCUCGCUGAGUGCCGGAGUGUGUCACACCAUGUAUGUGGUGUCUGGGUGUGGCUGUGGGUUUCAGAACUUGUUGGGAGUUGUGAGUCACUUGGUGUAGGUUGUGUUGUGUGGCCAUGUGUGUUCGGUUCUGUCUCUGACCACGCUGGGUGUGCUGGUGUCACAUGGUGCCUGGGCGUGGCUAGAUGUAGGUGUGUGUUACACAGUGCAGGCCGUUGUGACCAUUGGGUCAGUGUGCCUUCAUCCACGAGGAUGCACGAUUCUUCCUUGCUCUGCCCCAAGACACACUCCAGCCCCUCCUUAGUCUGAGAAGCGGGGUUGGGGAGCCUCCCCUCUGCCCAAGGGCCUCCCGGCCCCUCCCUGCCCUGCCCAGCAGACACCACCCCCAGAGGGCACCGGCUCCCUGUGCCUCAAAGCGAGAGCCCCAGAGCAACUGAGCGGAGCAGGCUGAGGACCUGCAAGCCACAGUGGCUGCCCUUUGUGUGCUGCGAGGUGGGGGACCCUGGGCAGGAAGCUGGCUGAGUCCCAAGACCCAGGGGGCCAUGGGCGGGGAGCUGGUGCCUGGCCUGGGAGCCCUUCGGCGAAGAAAGCGCCUGCUGGAGCAGGAGAAGUGGCUGGCCUGCUGGGCACUGACACUGGCGGGAAUUGGCAUCGGGCUCAUGGUGCUACACGCGGAGAUGCUGUGGUUCGGAGGGUGCACGUGGGCGUUCUACCUGUUCCUGGUUAAGUGCACCAUCAGCAUCUCCACCUUCUUGCUCCUUUGUUUCAUCUUGGCCUUCCAUGCCAAAGAGGUCCAGCUGUUCAUGACGGACAACAGCCUCCGGGACUGGCGCGUGGCGCUCACCGGGCGGCAGGCGGCGCAGAUCCUGGUGGAGCUGGCGGUGUGCGGGCUGCACCCGGCGCCGGUGCGGGGCCCGCCGUGCCCGCUGCCCAGCGCGACGCAGCCCUGGCCGGGCUUCCUGAGCCAGGGGGAGGCGCUGCUGUCGCUGGCCAUGCUGCUGCGCCUCUACCUGGUGCCCCGCGCCGUGCUCCUGCGCAGCGGCGUCCUGCUCAACGCGUCCUACCGCAGCAUCGGCGCCCUCAACCAGGUCCGCUUCCGCCACUGGUUCGUGGCCAAGCUCUACAUGAACACGCACCCCGGCCGCCUGCUGCUCUGCCUCACGCUUGGCCUCUGGCUCACCACCGCCUGGGUGCUGUCGGUGGCCGAGAGGCAGGCUGUUAACGCCACCGGCCACCUUUCGGACACUCUCUGGCUGAUCCCCAUCACAUUCCUGACCAUCGGCUAUGGGGACGUGGUGCCCGGCACCAUGUGGGGCAAGAUUGUUUGCCUCUGCACUGGAGUCAUGGGGGUCUGCUGCACAGCCCUGCUGGUGGCGGUGGUGGCUCGGAAGCUGGAGUUUAAUAAAGCAGAGAAGCAUGUGCACAACUUCAUGAUGGACAUCCAGUAUGCCAAAGAGAUGAAGGAGUCAGCUGCCCGAGUGCUACAAGAGGCCUGGAUGUUCUACAAACAUACACGCAGGAAGGACUCUGGAGCUGCCCGCAGGCAUCAGCGCAAGCUGCUGGCUGCUAUCAACACGUUCCGCCAGGUGCGGCUGAAACACCGAAAGCUCCGGGAACAAGUGAACUCCAUGGUGGACAUCUCCAAGAUGCACAUGAUCCUGUGUGACCUGCAGCUGGGUCUGAGCAGCUCACAUCAGGCCCUGGAAAAGCGCAUUGACACCCUGGCAGGGAAGCUGGACACGCUGACGGAGCUGCUUAGCACUGCCCUGAAGCAGCUCCCGGAACCCAGCCAGGAGGCCACAUAGCUGGACCCAUGGAGGAAGAACCAGGCUACUUUCCCCAGGACUGAGGUCAAGGACAUGCUCUCUUCCCCUCCUGACCCAGCCCUAUGACUAAAACACCUCAAAUGCAAGGACCCAACGGGCCCCACCUUGGGGUGGGUUGACUCACUGAAGCUGCUGGAGGCGACACUGGCUGUAGGAGGCAGGCCGUGGCUCAUCCCUGAGGCCCCAGAUGGGAAAAUGGUCACCACUACACCACAUACCCUCCACAAAAACAUCCUCACUGUGCUGCUACAGCUGACCCCCAGCUUCUGUAGAAGUGGAGGUGCCUGGGAGCGGAGACAGCUGCGGCCCAGAGUCCAGGAUCCUGGGGAGCCUCAGUGACCGCUGGUCGGCAGAGCUGAAGGAGCCAGGCCUGAAGCUGGGACAAGGCGGGAGGUGGCGCCCCCUGGUGGGAGGGCAGGAGGACACUAUUUUUCUAGAGUUGCAGAGAAUAUGGUGGGAGAGGAGGUGGAGGGGGUGAAGGGGUUCACCAGUCUCUGUUCUUAUACUUUGUAAUAAAUUUUAAACAAAGACAGAA